AUGGUCAUUGUCGCGGUAGCCGGCGGUACCGGCGGUGUUGGUCGGACCAUUGUCGAGGCACUGGUCCAGCAAGCAAAACAUCAAGUCAUAUUGCUGACUCGUGGGGUACCCAAAUCAGACCCUUUGCUUGACCAGAUUCAACAGGUGCAAGUAGGUUACAAUGACUCCACAGCGCUGGCACGCACCUUAGACCAGCAUGGAGUGCACACGGUUAUUUCUGCAAUCGGGAUUGUCUCCGAUGAAACGUCUCAAUCCCAGCUCACGUUGAUCAACGCUGCAGCUCAAUCCUCAGCCACCAAACGGUUCAUUCCCAGUGAAUAUUCGUUUAUUCAAACUGAAGAGUAUACUCCCCAAGAGUACCUUCCUUUUUUGCGCCUAGCUAACAACCACAGUCUCCUCUCGAUCGACCCAAGUAUCAAGUACUGGUUGGCUGCCGCUGAAUUACUCAAAACUACCACUCUUAAAUUUACCAGAGUUAUCCCCGGGUUCUUCAUGGAUUACUGGGGGAUGCCCGUUGUUCAUACUAAUCUUCAACCCUUCACAUUUGGCAUAGACAUCGCCAGCUGCCAGGCAGCUAUUCCGGGUGAUGGUAACGACGUUAUAUGCAUGACGUAUACGUACGACAUGGCUGUGUUUAUUGUACGGUUGCUGGAUGCCGAGGAUUGGCCCGAGUUUAGUGUUAUUGUUGGCUCUCAGACUACAUAUAAUCAGCUCCUCCAGCUAGCUGAAGAGCUACGAGGCAAGAAGUUCCAGGUUGUCUACGACAGCGCAGAUCGAAUCAAGGAAGGAGAUGUCACUAUCCCUCCAAUGCCUGCCGACACAGGGUAUUCUGCUGAGGAGCUUAAGGAGACUACUGCAUUAGUGAGUCGGUUAACUAUCGCCGGGGUGUUUGAUUUGCCCCGUGAAAAUCGGUUAAAUGCGAGGUUUCCUGAUAUCGAAACCACUAAGCUCGAAUAUUUCCUAUCAAAAGCAUGGGGAAGCUAUCAAUAA